AUGAGUUCGCAAGGAGUGACUCGCAAGCGUCCUGCGCCCGGGACAACUCCUGCUGUUCAUUCGCAGAUGAAUCCGAUCCCGCAGGGACUUCAGAACUUUCCCACCGCCGCCCCCGGAUCUCAGCUUUCAAACGAUCAAUUCCUACAAUGGGGUCAGAACCCCCCCGCUAAUACCGUCAAUGCCACCGCCCUCUCCGAUACCUCCUACAAUCCUACGGCAUUUGCGCCUCCUCCAGAUGCUGCUGCACCAGCUGCGACAGCAUCCAAUCAACUGGCCCGCCGCCAAACGAAUCAAAACCAGAACCAGAACCAGCAGAUGGUGAGCAGAAAUCGUGGGUACGAGCAGCCGCCCGCCUCAUACGUGGAAAAUGGAGGAGCAAAUGGAAAUGGUGAAAGCGGGGCAUGGGGAGAGUCGCUCGAAGAGCUUUAUCGACGGGCUUUGGCUGCAAAGAGAGAUUCACAGGCAAAGCGAAAGCAAAUUCCACCAUUUGUCCAAAAACUGAGCAGUUUUCUCGAUGAAUCCAAGAAUACAGAAUUAAUUCGAUGGUCCGACGACGGAAAUUCAUUUGUCGUUCUAGACGAAGAUGAGUUUGCUAGAACUUUGAUUCCAGAACUUUUCAAACAUAACAACUAUGCCUCCUUUGUUCGACAGCUGAACAUGUACGGCUUCCACAAGAAGGUUGGACUUUCUGAUAAUUCAAUGCGCGCCAGCGAGCGAAAAAACAAGAGUCCUAGCGAAUAUGCCAACCCUUAUUUCAAACGUGGUCAUCCCGAUCUCCUCUGGCUCAUCCAGAAACCAAAGAAUGCAGGGAGCGGUCAUGCCAGCAAGCCCAGCAAAGGUGGGACUCGCGUGAAGACAGAGGAUGUUGACGAUAACGACAUGGACGAGUACGUCGAAGAGGGUGCACCUGCGCCUCGUGAUAACCGUGCCACUCGACCUCAGCAACUGUCAUUGGUAACCGACAAUCCAGUGCCAAAUGAACAACUUUCUGGGGUCUACCGCGAAUUGCAAGCUAUUCGCCAACAACAGUCUAUCAUAUCCACCACUAUCACAAGGCUGCGCAAAGAGCAUGAGCAGCUUUAUUCCCAGGCGGCCAAUUUCCAAGAGCAACACACUCGCCAUGAGAAUUCUAUCAACGCCAUUCUCACAUUCCUCGCAACCGUCUAUAAUCGCAGUCUACAGGGACAAGAUGGUACGCAAAAUCUUGCAAAUUCGUUCGCAGGAGCUAUUUCUCAAGAUCAGGGGAACAUUGUGGAUGUCGGUGAUGAUUAUCUCAGUAAUGCUUUGGGGGCCAUGGCUAGCCCUAACGGCCAGAGAACAAUGAAGAAGCAACAACUUCUUUUGAAGGCUCCACCGGCUGCAGGCGACGUCAAUCGUGCAUCUACGAUUUCACCAGCAGCCAGUGGCCCAUAUGAAACCAGAUCUCGUGGCCAUACUCGACAACCCAGCGCCAGCCAGCCCGGCCAUGUGGAGGAGGUCUUUGACCAUAGUCCACAGCCCGGCCCCUCCAAUCUUCCCCAGGGUCAACAAGAUGACGGAAUUCCCCAACAGGAUAUCAUGUCUGUCAUCCAAAACUCGAACGCACGCAACGGACUUGCGACGAACUUUGCCGAGUUCCCUAACGUGCUCUCCUCCCUCGAAAACCAUGGUGGCAAUGUGCCGCUCACGCCAAACCAGCGUGCUGACAUGCUUCGACUCAUGGCAAAUGAAACCGGCUCGGCCGACCAGCCUGCGGGUGUGCCACCUAACAACGCGCUGAUCUCGCCGAACCCGCCACCCAUGCCCCACAACUACUCAGGCAGAUUAGCCAGCACCCGACAAGAAAUCGACAAUCUCGUCAAAAUGCAAGCCGAACAAGAUCGGUCCGUUCAAAAUUUGACCAGUCUCCUUCAGCCGCUGAGUCCAAAUGGCACCAUCCCAGGCAUUGACCAGGAUGGCAGUGUGCCCCCUCCCCCUCUUGACCUCGACACCAUCUUCAACAACGAUUAUUUCACCGAUAUUGGCGAUACAGGUGCCGGGAACAAAAAGCCAGACGAUCCAUUAAAUCAAUUGGGCAAUGUCCCAGGUGACGAAGGGGACACCAAUGACCUGUUCGAUUUCGACCACAUCCCCAAUGAACCAGACCUCUUCGAGAAUCCUCACGGACAAUCCGACCCCUCCGCAUACAACUACGGCUUCGAUGGGACCGGCUACGAAGAUUCAGGACGGGUGGUCGAGCAGCUGACGGACAGCGAAGCCACCAGCCCAGCAGCAGCAGAGACCCACGAAACGAACGACGGAGGCAGCGCCUCAAAACGGCGCAGAAAAGUAUGA